AUGUUUUUCUCAAAGUUCAACCCAAUAAGGUCAUUCUCGCCUAUCCUCCGGACUUCGACCCUUCUUCGUCACCAAACUCGAAUGUUUCUGAGUACAGAAAUAAAAAAGGCCAUUGAAGAUGCUAUCGAAUCAGCUCCAGUGGUUCUCUUUAUGAAAGGUACUCCCGAGUUUCCAAAAUGUGGGUUUUCAAGGGCGACUAUAGGAUUACUAGGGAACCAAGGUGUUGACCCGGCUAAAUUUGCGGCUUAUAAUGUCUUAGAAGAUCCAGAGUUACGUGAAGGUAUAAAAGAAUUUUCUGAAUGGCCAACUAUUCCCCAGUUGUAUGUAAAUAAAGAAUUCAUCGGCGGCUGUGACGUUAUUACGAGCAUGGCACGCUCUGGUGAAUUAGCUGAUUUGCUAGAAGAGGCGCGUGCCUUGGUACCUGAAGAAGAAGAAACCAAGGAUAAUUAA